AUGUCAGUUUUGGACGCCGAAAAGCUGCAACGCGGCAGCACGUCGAGACCAGAGCCCGCAGCUAUUCCUAUGGAUGGAGAUUUAGAGAAUAUCAGACCUAAUCGACUCGCGCGAAGACUGUCCCCUAGACAAGUUCAGAUGAUUGCCAUUGGUGGUACUAUUGGAACAGGGUUAUACUUGGGAACAGGCCAGGCCCUGGCAACUGGGGGACCCGCGUCGAUAUUAUUGGCAUAUACCAUUUGCGGUGGCAUUGUCUUCAUUACAAUGCUCUCUCUGGGAGAGAUGGUGGCAUUUAUGCCUGUUGCAGGCUCGUUUUGUACCUUUUCAGGGCGUUUCGUGGAUGAUGCUCUUGGAUUCGCGUUAACGUGGAAUUACUGGGCGAAUGACGCCGUCUCCACAGCUUCAGACAUUGUAGCACUGCAGGUCUUGCUGGAAUACUGGACGAAGCAUUUCCCCGGCUGGGGCCUAAGCCUUAUGUGUCUUGCGCUUGUUCUGGUCUUGAAUGUCUGCUCUGUUAGGGUCUUUGGAGAGGUUGAAUACUGGUUGUCUUUGCUCAAAGUUGUGACCAUCAUUGUCUUCAUCAUUGUCGGAAUUGCUGUGAAUUGUGGCGCUAAUACUGAUCGGACAUACUUGGGGGCUAAAUACUUCUACACUGGGGACGCGCCCUUUGUCGGUGGGAUCGGAGGCUUCGCCUCUGUUUUUGUGACAGCUUCCUUUGCAUAUGGCGGAACCGAAAAUGUGGCUGUUACAGCUGGCGAGACACGAAACCCCGCUCGGACCUAUCCCCGUGUCAUUCGCAAUGUCUUCUGGCGCAUUUUGAUGUUCUAUGUGGUAUCUAUCAUCAUCAUAGGCCUUGAUAUUCCUUACAACUACCCUGGCCUAUCCACAGAGAGUGCUUUGACCAGUCCUUUCACCAUUGUCUUCGAGAAAGCCGGCAGUACCAUGGCGGGCAGUUUUAUAAAUGCUGUAAUCAUGACAAGUGGAAUUUCUGCGGCCAAUCAUGCCCUCUUCGCCGGCUCGCGCCUUCUCUACACCCUUGCCAUCACGGGCCACGCCCCAGGUUCUCGUUUCUUGGGCGACCUGAACCGAUUCAAUGUCCCGUGGAUGUCGGUACUUGCCACCGCAGCCAUCAGUGCCCUCUGCUUCGGGGCAAGUAAGAUCGGUGCUGGUCAGGUCUGGUCGUGGCUGCAGAACCUAGUGGGGGUGUCAAACCAGAUUUCCUGGCUCUUCAUCUGUCUGACUUCGCUGCGUUUCCGGUCUGCCGUCCGACUGCAGAACCUUGAGCAUCUGCUCCCGUUCAGGAAUUUCACGUAUCCGUGGGGCCCGGCGCUCGCUGUCGGAUUGAACCUCUUUUUGGUUCUCAUCCAGGGCUGGAAGUCCUUUAGCCCAACAUUUGAUGCCGCUGAGUUUGUAUCAUACUAUAUUGAGAUCCCAAUCAUGUGCUCCUUGUUCUUGGUUUGGAAGCUUUGCAAGAAAACCAAGCUUGUUCCUCUCGGUGAGAUUGACUUGACAACAGACCGAUACGAGCGGGAGGAAGAUGCUCAUGAUAUUAGCUUACAUGGCUCCGAGGGUUCUCCAGACAAUGACCGGCUAAGCUGUGUAACAAGGAUGUUAGCGUUUCUCAAAGAGGUGAGGAAUUGGGUGCUUUAA